AUGCGGCGACUGCUGAUUUUGAGUGUGCUGCUGGGGGCUGUCUUUGGCCAUGAGGACUUUGUGGGGCACCAGGUGCUGCGAAUCUCUGCAGCCGAUGAAGCCCAGGUCCAGCUGGUGAAGGAGCUGGAGGACCUGGAGCAUCUGCAGCUGGACUUCUGGCGGGCCCCUGCCCGGCCUGGCUUCCCCAUCGACAUCCGAGUGCCAUUCUUCAGCAUCCAGGCUGUGAAAAUCUUCCUGGAGGCACAUGGCAUUGGGUAUGAGACGAUGAUCAAGGAUGUGCAGGAGCUGCUGGAUGAGGAGCGGGAGCAGAUGGUUGCUGCCCGAGCCCAGGCCCGCUCCACGGACACCUUUAACUACGCCACCUACCACGACCUGGAGGAGAUCUAUGGCUUCAUAGACCAGCUGGUGGCUGAGUACUCACCGCUUGUCGAAAAGAUGCAGAUUGGCAACUCCUAUGAAGGUCGUCCCAUCUACGUGGUGAAAUUCAGCACUGGGCAGGACAGCCGUCCAGCCAUCUGGAUCGACGCAGGCAUCCAUUCCCGGGAGUGGAUCACCCAGGCCAGCGGGGUCUGGUUUGCAAAAAAGAUCGCACAGGACUAUGGCCAGGAUGAAGCUUUAACCAACAUUCUUGACAACAUGGACAUCUUCCUGGAGAUUGUCACCAACCCUGAUGGUUUUGUCUACACCCACACCACGAAUCGCUUGUGGCGCAAGACUCGGUCCCUUACGCCAGGCUCUGCGUGUGCUGGAGUGGACCCCAACAGGAACUGGGAUGCUGGCUUUGGGUUGUCUGGAGCCAGCAGCAACCCUUGUUCGGAGACUUAUCAUGGCAAGUCUGCCAAUUCUGAAGUGGAGGUCAAGUCCAUUGUGGACUUUGUAGUGGGCCACGGGAACAUCAGGGCCUUCAUCUCCAUCCACAGCUACUCCCAACUCCUCCUCUAUCCCUAUGGCUACAAAGCAGAACCAGCCCCCGACCAGGAAGAGCUGGAUCAGCUGGCUAAGUCUGCUGUGACAGCCCUGGCCUCUCUGUAUGGGACCAAGUUUGAAUAUGGCAGCAUCAUCGAAACAAUUUAUGAAGCCAGUGGAAGCUCCAUUGACUGGAGCUACAACCAGAGCAUCAAGUAUUCCUUCACCUUCGAGCUCCGGGACACUGGGUACUAUGGCUUCCUGCUGCCAGCCUCCCAGAUCAUCCCUACGGCUCAGGAGACGUGGCUGGGUCUUCUGACCAUCAUGGAGCACACCGUGAAUAACCCCUACUGA